AUGCCCCCAGACAGCUCGCAGACGCCAGGGAAGAUUCAGGGAUCACCAACGCAUUCCAAGUUCUACCACAGUGGGAGCAUCACCUGCCGGCUCCCAGUCUACAGCCCUGACUCCCGUUCCUCUUUCAGCAGUGGGUCCACUGAACACUCUGUGUCAACUGCCACCAGCAGCACUGCCACAGCCUCUUCCCCACCAAGGCAAUGCCUCUACGGGGGAUCGUGGAAUGGAAACAGGUGCAUCUGCAAACCCGGCACCACGGGGCAGAACUGCGAGUUCCUCGUGUACUCCUUCCCCAUUGAAACCCCAGAAUUAGUCAACGCGACUGUCACUAUGAUAGUGAAAGUAACUCACAGGAGUUUCACCAAUGAUCUGAUUGACGAAUCCUCCCCGAUGUACCUGAAUUUCACUGAGGCCUUCAAGAAGCGGAUGGACGAAGUGUUCAAAGGCCCCACCCUCUCUGAGUACAAAGAGGUGAUCAUCAGGAAUCUGGCCAAUGGCAGCAUCGUGGUGACAAGUGAUGUCGUCCUGGAGACAAACUACAUCCCGCAGUAUAAGGCACUGUUUAGUAACCUCACGAAGAUUGUGAGGGCCAAAAUCAUAAACGAAACCAGUUCAUUCGAGGAUGAUGACGUUAAGUGUCAAGUCUCCAAACUGUGUUACAACGCACAAGACACCGUGGUGAAUGAAGCCGUAGUGAAGACAAACUUCGACCCCCAGGAGCAAUGUAUCCAGAAGGCUGCCGAGGGCUUUGGCCAGUACUACUAUGCGGAGGAGCUGGAUGGGCAGCUGACUUGCGUGACCAGGUGCACCCAGGGCUGGAAGGGGCACCUCAACUGCAACCUGGGAGAGUGCCAGCUGCAGCGCAGUGGCCCCCACUGCCUGUGCCCAAACACAGACUCGCACUGGUACUGGGGGGAGACCUGUGAGCUGACUAUCAGCAAGAACCUCGUGUACGGCCUGGUGGGCGCCGUGCUGGCCGUGCUCCUGGUCAUUGUGCUGACUCUGGCUGUCUUCCUUGGUCGAUCCCAGAGGAGACUGCACAGCCAAGAGUACAACCUGUCUCAAGAGUGGCAGAAAGAAGGUCUCCCUGGCAGCUUCCAGAACACGGGCAUUUGGGAAGAUAAGAAUCUGCAGGACAGAUAUGGCCUGGAGAAUGUCUACAGUCACUUCCAGCCCUCACUGGAGACUGUCAACCCUAUGGCAGAGCUCCAUUUUCGGAGGCCAGAGGUGGUGCAGACAACUCGGUGAGGGGAACAGAGGCUCCCACCCCUCAUGUAGAUUUGGACCAGAGUUGCCGAGAGUCUACCAUGAACUCUGCUGGUGGUCAAGAGGAAUGUGAUGCUGAGCUCAGGUCCAUGCACAGAUGACCGAUUGGCCUGCGAUCUGCUGCAGCCAGCUGGAAAG